GCCAAGGAGCGCAUAUUGAAUAGUCAUCUCUUGCUUAGAUUGCUUAUAAUGGUGUAAAAGUAAAAACAUAAAUAAAUACCUUAGUCUUACAAAAGUCGCCUAUUACACUAGAGUUUUCGUUUGUCGCCUGUCAAAUAAGAUUUGGCCUCCCGUAUGCAUACUUCUGCUUUGUCGCGGGAAGGCGCGUGCGUGUAUUCGCAGCGACUUUCCUGAAAUUAGUCGCGUUAUCAACCUGCUGGUAGUCAACUGUCCUUCAGGAGCGCACAGACAAGACAUGGAGUAUUGGAAGAUGUAACUUGCUCCAGAACACACCCUUAUAGAUUUAACAAAGGAUCUACUGGGGAAAGAGUGCUGUGAAUGUAAGAUCUAGUUAUAGACUUAAUUAUUGCGUUUCUUCCAGUAAAUCCCGACGCGUAAAAGUGCUCCAGAAGUGGUACAUAUGCAGAAUAACAUUCACCUCCGCAAGUCCCGAAGGAUUUCAGCUCAGGUGUUCGCCUCAAGUUCUCACGGAGUUUUGCAUCACUCCAAGGACUUGGUUUGCUUGUUGAUAUAAAGCCUGUCGUCCUCCGGUUAGGCUACCCAUCAGGAGGCUAUUUUCAUUUCGCAGUGUUCGCAUUUUGCAAAUUAAAGGCUGAACAUGAGUAGGAAAACACGCCGAUGGAUUUUUCACAUUUUCCUCUGCUUGGGAAUAAUAUAUUUGAAGAUUGGCGGCUUUUCCUCCGUAGUUGCGUUGGGAGCGAGUAUUAUCUGUAACAAAAUUCCUGGUUUGGCCCCUCGUCAAAGGACUAUCUGUCAAAGCCGACCUGACGCUAUCAUUGUCAUUGGAGAAGGAGCGCAAAUGGGAAUCAAUGAGUGUCAGUUUCAAUUCAAAAAUGGAAGGUGGAACUGCUCGGCCCUCGGGGAGAGAACUGUCUUUGGAAAAGAGUUGAAAGUGGGCAGUAAGGAGGCUGCUUUCACCUACGCCAUCAUCGCUGCUGGGGUUGCCCAUGCCAUCACAGCAGCCUGCACUCAGGGUACACUGAGUGGAUGUGGCUGUGACAAGGAGAACCAGGGCUUCUACAACCAGGAGGAGGGCUGGAAGUGGGGAGGAUGCUCAGCCGAUAUCCGCUACGGCCUGAGCUUCUCAAAGGUGUUUGUAGACGCACGAGAGAUCAAGCAGAAUGCCAGAACACUCAUGAACCUCCAUAACAAUGAAGUGGGGCGCAAGAUCUUGGAAAAGAGCAUGCGCUUAGAAUGUAAAUGUCAUGGUGUAUCCGGGUCCUGCACCACCAAGACUUGCUGGACAACUCUCCCAAAGUUCCGCCAGCUGGGUUACAUCCUCAAAGAGAAGUAUAACCACGCCGUGCAUGUGGAACCGGUCCGAGCCAGUCGGAACAAGAGACCUACCUUCCUGAAGAUUAAAAAACCUUACUCAUACCGGAAGCCCAUGGACACCGAUUUGGUGUACAUUGAGAAGUCGCCCAACUAUUGUGAGGCAGAUCCUGUGACAGGAAGCAUGGGAACCCAGGGUAGGAUCUGCAAUAAGACUGCGCAGCAGGCCAGUGGUUGCGACCUAAUGUGCUGCGGCCGAGGAUAUAACACACACCAGUACUCACGUGUGUGGCAGUGCAACUGCAAGUUUCUUUGGUGUUGCUAUGUCAAGUGUAACACCUGCAGUGAAAGGACAGAGGUGUACACGUGCAAGUGAAAUAUAUUUAUUGGUGGGGUAUUUAUGCACACCCAUUUAUGACUUGUGUUAGAAGGUCUACAAGAUUCACAACAUUGAUUAUUACUACUGCUAUGGAUUGAAGUUAUUGAGAGGAAAGAGCCAUUUGCACAGGAAAACUUGGUCCUGGUGGUGUCUCUAUCACUGUGAGUUUAGAUGGAGUAAUUGCAGGCAAUGUAAGCAGCAUUGCUCCAUAGCUCUGCUGAGGGUGCUGGUACCAGCAGACACUUAUCAGUUCCAAUGCUGAGCAACAGAGCGAAGUUGCCCACAAAGGCUUGAUCUGUGGACCAUGAGAAAGAUGUGGGUUGCACUUGUAGGGUGUUCUGUUCCAUAAGCAGUGAGGAAGGCCUUCUCAAGGAACUUUAGGCCAAAAAAGAAAAUGUACAUGGACUCAACAAUGGCUAUAUUUAACUUUUUAUUUAGAGAAAACAGCUAAUGUUAAUUUAUUUAAUAAGGAAACUACUGAUUUCUUCUCAUUGUGUUUACUAGAUUAGAUUUAGUUUUUCUCCUGUUUUGAUAUUGUGUGUUUUGCAUAGAAAUAAAUGGUCCCAACUUUUACACUGUACAUAAUAGCUUAGGGAUGAACCUACAACGAUGCACAGUACGAAAAAAAAAAAGUGUGCUCUGCUGUCUUUAUCAUUUUAAGUAUUUGUGCUGCCAUUUUUUCUCUACUUCAAUCCUUGCACAUAUAUUCUUACUGUAUGAACAAAUAUACACUGGAAUUGUGCAUCAUGUCUGAAGGCUAAUUUCUUCUAAAGUGAACGAACGAGUACCAUCACCUUUUUCUGAGUUGGUCUACAAGACCAAUAAUGUGGAAUAGGCCAAUAAAAUAGUGGUAUUUACAUAGGAUCUAACCUCAGAAGUCUUUAGAACCAUCUGACUACCCGCUUACAUUUAAACUUCAUGACCUCAGUUGACACAAAGCUUUAUGCUAAUGAGACCCCAGGCUCCCCUCUCUUUUCGCUAAUAUUUGCUCUGUUGGCAGAGAAACAGAAUUGGUGAUUAAUUCACUUUGGAACGGAAUAGCCUACAUACAGGAGAUGCCUCAACCUGCUACUGAUGUCGAUUGUUGAGAUCAGAUAACCAACACUGUUAAUGCUAUACAUUAUAGGUAAUAUAACACUCUUUUUGCUGCUAGUUCUGUUCUGCGACAGUAGUUUAUAGUAGUAUUUUGCGCAAUGUGACUAAAUCUGUUGUCCAGACAAAUUUUCCCUGUGUUAACAAAUAUUUUGUAAGAGAUUAUUUUUAUAUGAGUAUUUUAUUUAUUUUGUGUAGAGGAAAAUCCCACUACCGAUGUCCUUCAGAUGGACAGAAAUAAGGGUGAUAAGAUAGAAACAGUGUGGGUGUGAUUGUGACAUGGUACCAGCUUGAUCAAUAGUGUUUAUUAUGUAUACUACAUCUCAAUGAUUGUGUACUAUUUUAAGGUGAUAAAAAUGCAAAUUAGUUUUCUAUUUACAUAAACAUUUAAAUGUAGCAUUUUCAUGAAAAUGGUCCAGUGGGAUCAAAAAGGGAAACUAUAGCUAAAUAAUCCUGGAUCAAAACUCUGGUACUGAGAACAAUGCAUGACUAUUAAAAGGUUUUCACCAAAGAACUGAAUUUGAGCAUUGUGCACGAACAAGAUGGCUUUGAUGUUAUAUUUUACAAUAGUCAGUCACUUCAACAGAUGUUUUGCCAAACUGAUCAUACUACAUGAUUGUGUCAUCAUAAAUGAUUAAAAAAAUGUGCAUUGUGUUUUGAACAGUGUUAAUAAAUAUUUCUGUGG